UUUUCUAAGUCCAUCAUGUCUGGACGUGGAAAGCAAGGAGGCAAGGCUCGCGCCAAGGCCAAGACGCGCUCCUCGCGGGCCGGGCUGCAGUUCCCCGUGGGCCGCGUGCACCGCCUGCUCCGCAAGGGCAACUACUCCGAGCGGGUCGGGGCCGGCGCGCCCGUGUACCUGGCGGCGGUGCUGGAGUACCUGACGGCCGAGAUCCUGGAGCUGGCGGGCAACGCGGCCCGCGACAACAAGAAGACGCGCAUCAUCCCGCGCCACCUGCAGCUGGCCAUCCGCAACGACGAGGAGCUCAACAAGCUGCUGGGCAAAGUCACCAUCGCGCAGGGCGGCGUGCUGCCCAACAUCCAGGCCGUGCUGCUGCCCAAGAAGACCGAGAGCCACCACAAGGCCAAGGGCAAGUAGAGGCCUGCAUUAGUUCACAGCAAUGCGAACGCGGUGUAGUGCAAACCAACGGCUCUUUUCAGAGCCACCACGUUUUCACUGAAAGGGCUUGCAGUUCAUUAUUCUUUAAGCAGCUACUUGUAAAUCGUCUAUACCCAAGUUCGUCAGUAGAUGUUAUUACUUAGAAACCCCAAACGGAAAAUUAACCAUCCAUUUAAAACAAUAAAAGCAAGAGUUAACAAUCAUCC